AUUAAGGAUGCACAGCCACACCAUAGCCGAAGCCGAAAGAAGUACUCAUUUGAAUGGAUCUCAUCAACGGAAGCUAAACGGAGCAAGUUGGAUGUGCUCGUCAUGGUUUCGAUAUCUCCCAUCCAAGGUGUUCUCGCGCUCUCGACGCUCUGGGUCCUGAAAAUCUUCGGGAGGAACGCAGAAAUCUUGUGGAUAAAUCCUUUCAGGAUGCUUGCCAUUGUUUCUGGGCCAUUUUUCCCUGCACAGGGCAAGGUGGGGCAUUAUUAUGCCAAAUUCUCAGCAUUUGCCAAGUUCGGAACCACAUGUCUCAGUUCCGUUGUUUUUUGGGACGCUAUUCCCACGUUCUGGAUAUCUGACGCUGACGCCAUCAGGAUCGUCAGCGCCGACAGACAGACUUUCACUAAAGAUGUCGAAGCAUAUGAGAUACUCAAUAUCUACGGCCAGAAUCUGGUGGGUACAGAAGGUGCAGUUUGGAAAAGACAUCGUGCCGUUGCCAAGUCUGCGUUCAAUGAGGCAAACAAUGCUUUCGUGUGGACCGAAAGCAUGCGUAUCGCAACUGAAUGGUUUUCUGAUAUCGACAACCGAAUGUAUGGUACUGCACGGGAGUGUACCGUCGACUUGCUAAAAGAUCUCACGCAGUUAACUCUUCUCAUUAUCUCGACAACCGGAUUCGGACGGCGAGUUUCCUGGAGCGAAGAUGCAGCAGCAGUUCCCCCUCCUGGCCACAAAAUCGCUUUCCGUCCCGCCGUGACCUCAGCAAUAUCACAUCUCAUCCCAAAAAUGUUGACCCCAGACCUUAUUUAUAACCUUUCAGACUGGGUGUACCUGCCUUUCAUCUCUUCUGCUCUCAAGGAAACGACGGAGUCAUUCGAAGCGCUCAAGUUUCACAUGCUCGAUGUCAUAUCUCUUGCCCGUGCCAGGGUUACCAAUGGUAAGGCGGCGGAUAUGGAUGCGGCGUUGCUGCGUAACUUGGUCGAAGCCAACAUGUUCGAAGAGGCCGACUGCGGUUAUAAACGCCUGACGGACGAUGAGUUAUUGUCCAACACUAUGACCUUUCUUUUAGCAGGACAUGAAACGACUGCGCAUACAAUUUGUUUUGCCGUGGUCUUGUUGGCACUGUACCCGGACGUUCAGCGUAGAGUAUAUGAAGAAGUAUCCAAAUUCUGGCCAGAAGGCGCUCCGGCACCCGAAUCCAUAGCUGCAUUGGAAUAUACUACUGGUGUCUUCUUAGAGACUCUCCGUCUAUUCCCCCCGGUAGCUCGACUGGGAAAACUAGUGCAAGCGAAUAGCGUUAUCCCGGCUCGGCGAUUUCAGAUGUCUCCAGAGGGUAGACCUUCCGACGUUGAACAAUUCUCUGUUGCCAUCGACAAAGGUAGUCUUGUAAUUAUUGAUAUUUUCGGACUGCAUAUGAAUCCGAUUCAUUGGGGCGAGGACGUAGAGGAAUUUAGGCCUGAACGGUUCAUCGAUACUAAAUCGUACCGUUGGCCCCGCGAUGCCUUUUUUGCUUUCGCUGGUGGACCCAGAAGCUGUAUCGGUCAACGAUUCGCUAUAACGGAAGGGCUUUGUCUCAUUGCCAAUAUUGUCCGAAACUACGAGAUCUUGGUGCCGUACGAUUUGUGUGAUAAGGGCGUGGAGGAACAGAGAAAGAUCCUUCUUCACUGGUCACCCAGUAUUACCAUUCUUCCAACUGAAGCCAGGGCCCUAUUCCGUCGUCGCAAGUAAUAGUACUUUUCAUUUGGUUGGCCUCCUUGUGUUAUCGCUACUAUAUGUUGUUCGUCUAGGCGCACUUCUUAUUAUC